GCAGCAGCCCACCGCCUCCGCCCUCCAGCGCCGGCGACCGAUGGACUUGUUCCACGACAGGCACCACGUGCGGCUGCGGAGCCGCGUGCACCGCACCUACCUCCACGCCGCCGAGGACGGGGAGAGCGUCACCCUCAGCCAGCUCCACGCCUCCAUGACAGCGGUGUGGGCGGUGCACAUCUACAACGGCGACAACUGUCCGUACCUGCUCCUCCACAGCGCGGCCUACGGCCGCUACCUCGCCGCCACGGCCACGCCGGCGAGGCUCGGCCACCGGGGCCUCCGCGCGGAGCUGCGCGACUACGACCAGCCGGGUGUGGAGGCCUUCAUGUGGCAAGCCGUGGAUUCGGGCUGCGGGGACGACGUCGUCCUGCUCCGCAACGUCGGCGGCCGCUACCUCCGCGCCAACGGCAGGUACCUCCCCUGGAACUCCACCGGCGUCAGCGUCGACGACAACGCCAGCUCCAUGAUGUACUACUGGGUCGUCGAGCCCAUCCCCGCCAGAGAGGACAUGCCAGCCCUUCCUGCCCCGCCUCCGAAUCCACCAUACCUCCUCGGGGUCAUCCACGUGGAGCCGGCACGGCUGAUCCGGUUCGUGCGAGCGCUGGACAACGGGCACUACCCCGAGGACCCCGAGCACGAAGCCUGGCGCCAGUUCUGGUUCAGGGGGAGGUCCGCGUUUCGCCUGAGGGACGACCUGCGGUUCCUCGUCGGCGCCGGCGUGUACUACCGGAACAUCGCCAUGUGCGUCCGAGCGGGUCGCUACGGGAGGCUGACCCCGCUCGUCGUCGACCUGCCCGACGGCGGCCAUGGCGAGACCCUCGAGAUUGUCCUCAUCCGGGCCGAGACCCCUGCCUACAAUGGGCUGCGACACCCAGAUGUCAACGCGGAGUAGAGGAAGAUGGGAGCGGGAGCCCUGAAAGUACACCUGUCCACAAGUUUCGCCGCCUCGACCACAGCAGAAUUUGACGCCUACUUUUGCAUAGAUAGAUAGAUAUAGGUUCAGAAAACUCUUUCGUUUCUUCUGCUUGCAAAACAUGCUUCGUUCUGGAUUCAGAACUGCCUAUAGUGUUGCUUCCAAUGGCUGAGCAAUUUGUAGGUCGUUGCAUGUCGCUCUUUUGACAUUCAUCUCUGAGAUGUGAUUUCUGGUGUGCUUCGUAGAAGAAGCAUUUCACUGUAGGGUUUAUUGCAGUGAGUUGACAUUCCUGCAAUAUUUUGAGAUCAUACAUUUCGCGUCACUGGAAAAUGCA